UUGUUGCAAUUCUUUGUAUAAUAACAACGAUUUGACUUGUCAAUCCAGAUGUCCACCCACUGCUCGGUCGUGCCGUUCGCCGUGCCGUACGCAUACUUGCAAGAACGGCCAGCGCGCGCGCGUUCACUACACACGGCAGCGGAGGGUCGUUCUCAUAUUCCUUUUGUUUGUGGAAUGUAGCUCCUCGUGCAGGUCCGAUAGCUGCGACAAAAACAGUGCUUACUUCCUAGUUUCGCCAGUUUUCCGUGAUUGGUUCUGAUGCCGCUCCCACAAAUUGCAGCAACAGCAUCUAAGUAAUCGGUGAAGGUGUGGAACUCGCGGAAACGAAGAAAUGCUGUAAAAUGCGCCGUAUCAGGUUCAGGAAGUGAAGUCGGUUUUAGUCGGCGACUGAACGCCAAAAAGGUGCCAAAUCUCCAUGUGCCAGUAAUAUGCAAAAGUGAACAUCAUGCACUGAAUCUCAUCUGAAUCUCCUUCACCGGAUUUGUGUGUCAAUCGGUGAUAGCAAAAAUUGAGUGCCAAAGUUUUUAAGUGAUUUAUGCUAACCAACUAAGUAUCGUCUAAGCAACGAGGAAGAUUACUCAUUCGGACACCCGGAAAAUAAUCAAAAGUGAUAGUCAACAUGAUCUGGUCACCGACUAGCAAUAAAUACGGAGUUGCAAUACACAACUGGCACGGUGAUGUGACGCACGGACUAGCGCUAGAUGUGGGAGACUGCGUGGAGAUACUUGAGGAGACUGCCUACUGGUUUCGUGGCACCUGUCCACGGAAGCCUCGCAAGGUGGGACUGUUUCCAAAAUCGUACAUCCAUCUGAAGGACCUCUCGAAGGUAGAUCCGGUAGUGGCAGAAUGUACGCUAGUGUUACGCGAGUGGUCCGAAAUUUGGAAGCGAUUGUUUGUGGAACGCGAGGAAUACAAAUUUACGUCACUGCGCAAGGUAAUGCUGGCCCUGCUCGAGAGCCGUCGAGAACUGUUAAGCUCUACGCUUACCCAGGAUCAGACAUACGAGCUGCAAAUGAAAGUGAUAUCAAAAAUUGAUUGGGGGAAUCGAAAACUUGGCUUAGAUCUGGUACCUCGAUCAGGCACCCUGGCAGUGGAUCCACAGAAAAUUGGUAUAGUAUCACUGCACCAAGUACACGUUAACAGCGCUGAAAAUGCAAAGGCAGCAUCGAACCGAGGAACGCUUCGGCGAAAAGCGGGUAAAAAAAUACACACGCAUCAUCUGUACUUUUGCAUGCGUGAUUUUGGCCACCGGAUAGGAGACGAUGCAGAGAUCUAUUUCUACCUGUACGAUGGCAACACGAAUCGAAUGCGUGCGCUUUCGGAACGCUUCCUAGUGCGGAUCGCGCGUGACGGCUUCUCGACGUACGUGGAAACAAGUCAUAACUGUACCAUCUUCACCGAUCUUGGAUCAUCCGACCUGAAUCAGGACCUUUACCUGAUCGCCAACGUAAUGCGCGUGGGCAAAAUGCUUCACUCGGAGUCGGUAAAGAAGGGUGACAAACUCACGACUACGACGCACGCCUACCGGCGGCCGUAUGGCGUUGGUGUGCUGCCGCUGAGUGAAAUCGUCCAGUUCGAUUACAGCGUCGAGUCGGAGGAAAAAGAAUUUAGCUUUAAGAUUUUCCAGUGCGAGGAGAAAGACUAUCACCAGCUGCACGAGCUGAUCAUAAAGAAAGCGAGCGGAAAAUUUCAACCGAUCAAUGCAAGCACCCAGGGCCACUACGGACUGGUGGUGUCCAUGAAACUUCUGCACGGCGAAAUCAGUCAGGCAAAGCUGGAGCAACCUAUUCUGUUUCAGGGAACGGCCAUUACCAAAAAGAUAGGCUUCCCCGAUGUGAUUAUGCCGGGCGAUGUGCGUAACGAUCUGUUUCUGACGCUCGAGCGUGGCGAGUUUGAGCGCGUCGGCAUUAGCACGGCCAAGAACAUAGAGAUUACGGCGUUGGUGCUGGAUGAAAAUGGUCGCGUGGUGCAGGAGUGCAUCGCGAUCGCGUCCGGAAGCCCACUUCAGGCGUACUACAAAUCGAUGGUGCUGUAUCACAAUAACUCGCCGGCUUGGAAUGAAACGAUCCGGAUGUUCGUGCCGAUCGAUAAGUUCAGCAAGGCACACGUUCGCUUCGAGUUCCGCAGUUGUUCGACGAGGGAUAAAUCGGAUCCGAAGCUGUUUGGAUUUAGCUUCGCCCGGCUGAUGGAGACCGGUGGUGCAACCAUAGCCGAUGGAGCCCAUGAAUUGUACGUAUACAAAUGUGAAGACCCGCUAAAGGUGCAACCGAACGUGUACCUACGACUGCCCUGUUCGGCCGGUGACCGGCAAGCGCUGGGUGACUCACCCUCACCAUACCACCGCAGCUCGAAAGAAGCCUUUUACGUGCGCACGAUCCUUUGCUCAACGAAGCUGACACAAAAUGGAGAUUUACUAUCGCUGCUGCAGUGGCGCAACAGACCGGAAGGCAUACAGGACUCGCUGCAGCGCGUACUGCGACUGCACAAUGAGGAGCUGAUCAAAUUCUUGCAGGACGUACUGGAUGCUCUGUUUGCGCUAUUCUCAACCGAUGAUGGUAACAGUACGCCCCACUCGGGGCUUGUGUUUCACGUGCUAGUCAACAUAUUUAGUCUGAUGCAAAGUAGCAAAUUUCAACACUUCAAACCGGUGAUGGACGCGUACAUACGCAAUCAUUUCGCGGCACCGUUAGUGUACCAGGGAUUACUGUCGUCGGUUCAACACCUGGCGGACUGGUUGACGACUACCGAUAAUCUGGAACCGAUCGUGCAGUGUUUUAGUUCGCUCGAGUUCAUCUUCAAGCUGAUCAUCCAAUCGCGCAAACUGUUUGCACACGCAUCGGGCGGUCAAUAUGAGGACAAGUUUAAAAAUGAUCUGUUUUCGGUGUUCCUCUCACUGAAUGGCAUGCUCGCUGUGCCAAGCACUACCCAAAUCCUGGCGACACAGGAAGCGCUGCUCAGCAACGCGGGCGUCGUGUUUGAGCAGCUGCGUACCAUCAUUACCCGCCCGGAGCUGGAAACACUCGUGAAAUCUAUGUUAGACGCAGUUCCGAAAGACGCCCAGCCACCGCUGAUACAGGCAAAGCUGAAAUCCAUCAAGGAUAUGGUUUCCGGCCAGCUUUUCCAAGACGACGAACUGCGCUCCGUUAUACUGAACAUUGCCUGCAAACAUCUUCGCAUCCAUUUAGCACGCAGGGACGAGCUAAGACUGUGCUCGGACAUUCUCGCCGAAGUGCUGAUCAAGCUGUAUGAAGCGAAAGCCAAAACGGGGGAGAAACCAUCGAACGCCAUCCACCACGAUCUGGACACAUUGUUUGCGAACAUCUUUCCCAUACUGCUACAAACCAUCAACGUGCUGAGCAAUGGUGGGAACGAAAACCUCGUCUGCUCCCUGUUUGCGGUGAAGCUAGGCUUACUACAGCUGCUCGAUGAAUCUCACUACCAACGGAUGUGGGAUCGACAGCAGAGUGGCAGCAGCCCGACUGGCGGUGGAUCGAUUGUCGGUGGAAAGGAGCUGCGUGAUUUCAUUCAGCAGUGUUUGGCCAUCUUCAAGGACAUUCUGGAACAGGAUUGGAUGAUUUUCUCGAAAGAUUGGUUGGUGAUGAAGAUGGCCGCCAACGAUGUAUUACGGCGCACGCUAGAGGAGCUAGCAAAGCCACUCGUAUACCGAUUCCUGGGUCCGCAAUCGUUCGAUUCACAGCUGUGGCGGACGUACUUUAGCGUUGCGGUUAUAUUCCUCACCCAGCCAUCCCUACAAAUCGAGCAGUACCACGAGACGAAACGGCGCAAAAUAUUGAGCACGCAUGGCGAUAUGCGUGUGAUGAUGGGCUUUCAAAUAUUGAGCAUGUGGGCUCAGCUCGGUGAGCACAAGUUGCACUUUAUUCCGUCGAUGGUGGGACCAUUUUUGGAGGUUACACUUGUACCCGAACCGGCGCUACGGAAGGCUACGUUUACGGUGUUCUACGACAUGAUGCAGUGCGAACAGGUUUCCCGUGGAUCGUUCCGACUGGUAGAAAGUGAGCUGAUCGACAAGCUGGAUUUACUUAUUAGCGAGAACAAGGGGGACGAUGAGUACCGCGAACUGUUUAGCACUAUGGAGCAACUGUGUCUAGCCCUGUUGGAGCGGGUGCAGACGGAAAAUCCUUCCUGGCGCGAGUCGGGAAUUGCAUUCAUUUCCUCCGUAACGCGGCUGCUCGAACGGUUGCUGGACUAUCGCAGCGUGAUGCAGGGUGACGAAAACCGCGACAAACGUAUGACCUGCACGGUCAAUUUGCUCAACUUCUACAACGACGAAAUCAAUCGCAAGGAAAUGUACGUCCGUUACAUCUACAAGCUGCUGGAUCUGCAUCUGGGCGCGGAAAAUUACGUCGAGGCAGGUCUUACGCUCAAGCUGUACGCCGAUAUGCAGUCCUGGGACAGUGAGAACGUUUCCGAGUCGGAAUCGAACGGUCCACCAGAGUGGGAGCAAAAGGAGAAGAUUUACAAAAAUAUCAUAGGCUAUUUCGACAAGGGCAAAUGCUGGGAGAAGGGCAUCCCGCUGUGCAAGGAACUGGCCAUGUUUUACGAGCGCAAGCGGUUCGACUACAACCGGCUGAGUGAUGUGCUGGUGCAGGAGGCGAAAUUCUUCCAAAACAUACUCACCCAGCUGCGCCCGGAACCGGAAUACUUCCGGGUAGGCUACUACGGGACCGGAUUUCCUUCAUUUGUCCGAAACAAGCAAUUCAUCUACCGUGGACUGGAGUAUGAGCGGAUUGGCGCGUUCAUACAGCGACUCCAGACCGAGUUUCCGACGGCGCUGAUUCUGGACAAGAAGCAAUAUCCCCCCGAUAGCUCCAUACUCAACUCGCCCGAGCAGCGGUUCCACGUUGUCAAUGUGCGCCCGAUCGCCGAUCCGUACCAUCUGAAAAGUGCCAAAGUGACCGUCCCGGAAAAGAUUUCCAAGUACUACGAGGUGAACGACGUUACCCGCUUCCAGUACGAUCGUCCCGUCCACAAGGGCACGGUUGACAAGGACAACGAGUUCAAGUCGCUGUGGAUUGUGCGAACGAUCUACGAAACGGCUCAGCCCUUGCCGGGCAUCUUGCGAUGGUUCGAAGUGAGCAAAACCUCGGAACAUGAACUGACACCGGUGGAGUUUGCGUGCGAAACCAUUGCGAACGUGAACAAGGAGCUGUCCGAUCUGAUCGUGCAGUACCGGCUCGAUCCGAAGCGCAAUCUCAACCCAUUCACGAUGCGCCUGCAAGGUUCGGUCGAUGCGAACGUGAACGGAGGGUUCAGCAAGUACCAGGACGCAUUCUUUUCGGAGCGCUUCGCCAAAUCGACCGAGGGUCGCGACCAAAGUGUACACGUGCAGCGGCUGAAGCGAUUAAUCUUCGAACAGAUGCAAAUAUUGCGCCAGGCGCUGGAACUCCAUCGUAGUCUUGCGCCCGAACAGGUGCUGCCACUGCACAACCGGCUGUCGGAAGCGUUCCUCGAGCUGGAGAAGAGUACGGCCGAAUGGAAGACGAACAUCAACAUUCCAACCAAACCACUGCCACCGUUGCCCAUCGGUCAGCAGCAGCAAGCGGGUGACUCGUACGUGGGUUCCAACGGUGGCAAGCUGGGGGGCACGAUGAACGGUGGAGCACAAGAGCUGGCUUACUUCCCGGAGGAUUACGACGGAACGUACAUGUCGGUGAACAAGAAGGCUCUCUCGCUGUCGGGAAUCGUCCCCAUGACGGCAUUGACCUCCUCCCCCGUACCGCACAUUCCUCCCCGUGACAGCACCGGUGGCAUGAUGCUGCCAGCAGUGUGUUCACCCACCGCACCACCGUUGCCACCGCGCGGCCACACACCGGACAAGCGUAGCUCCAAUCCGAUGCCAUUCACCGAAUACGUCGAACAGCAGCAGCUGCAGCAGCAACAGCAUCAGCAGCACAGCUUACCGGGCAAAAAUCGGCAAAAGAAGUACUCGCUGUACGAAAUAUCACUCAACGACAGUGGCAAUUACGGUAGUCCGCGGAAUCUGACCGAGUUUAGGCAAGGGUUCUACCGUGAUUCGGGCAUCUCUACCAGCACCCAGGAAUUGAACAAUCUCAACGUCGCGUCGUCAUCCGGAACGGCAGCGCAACAAACCGGAGAAGGCAGUUGCGUGCAAACCCCGCACCAACACUACCAUCAACCGAUGGCCAUUGCGUCCACCGUAACGCCGCACGACGAUUACAACAUCAUCGCAAACGGAAACACGAUGCCGGUGGUCCGUGGCCAUCAAAAGACCAACUCAAACCCCGAAGCGUACCAAAGCAUUCCGAUGAUGGCGACGGGCGGCGGCAUAUCCCCAUCCGCUGGCGCGACCACCACGCAACCGCCACCACCACCAAUUCCACCCAAGUCGGCCUCGUUGCACCAUCAACAUUCGCUGCCGGCCGUCAGCCUUGGGGUGGGAGCAGGCAACAAUAAUAACAUCAACAACAACAACAACAAUAACAGCUUCCACGGGCAGCAUUUACCACAGCCGCCGCACUACCACCACCAUCAGCGCAAUCAGUCGCUUAACCUAAGCACCAACAGUUUGUCCGAUGGUGAGCAGCUCAGCCUGAACGACAUUAGCCCAGCGCCGCCGCCAAUGUUCAACGACAACUUUAGCGAUUCGUUCAGUGAUGAGUGUGACAAUCCGGCCGGCAGUGGUGGAGUUGUCCAGCGUGCCAAGCUUACACCCAGUCCGGGACGGUCAGUUGGCGGAGGUGGAGGAGGAGGAGGAGGAGGAGGUGGAGGAUCCGGAGUGAAUGGGACCGGUGAAGCGCUGGAGCUUAGUGCCAUCACAACGACAACCACCACGACCACCAUCAUUUCCUUGCGGCGGGAUGAUGAGGACGAAAUAUUCUACUAAGGGCGUGUGUGUGUGUGGCCGCGGAGUACUAAGACUUUUCUACAGAUCGUUUUCGGUCGCACCACUUGGGAAGGAGAAAACCGGUGGAUUUCAACCGUGGACAGGAAGAAUAUAUAUGUAUAUGUGCAAUCUCUAUCAUCCAUCAUCCCAUCGGUGAAAACGGAGCAAACGGAUGGGAGGGGUGAUACGCUUCACGAUAAGAAAGUAACUACAUACCAACGAGAACUACAUUCAGGAACAUCGUAAGGACCCACGUCGGUGCCGAGGACACCGUUUUGGAAGCGGGCGGCAAACUGCUUGCUAUAUUUAUCGAUAUACACCGCCACAAGCGGCAACGCGUACGUAUGCAUGCUACAUAUAUCUCUAUAUACACAUUUAUACAACCAUCGAUAAUUUAAUUGAAAACGAAUUCCAUACAAUGAAUUACUAUAUACCUCUCCUGCAUACAUUUACUCAAUCUCUGUGCGUGCUGCCACCCCAUUAGACGGUGUGGCGUUAUCUAUAAGAGGAAUAUUUUGCAGUGGAGAUCGAAAGCUGCACUUCAUCGAUCACCUCUGUAUGUGUGUGUGUGCGUGCGUGUGCGUGUGUCUGUGUGUGAAAGAAUCCAUUUGCCAAAAAAAAAAAACAAAAAACAAGAAAACUUUAACCAUUAUUAAACAAGUAAACAAAUAAGGAAAACUGCUGGUGCUGGAUGUAGUGUAUGCAGCCCAGAACCCAGCAGCAAAUCUUCUCGACUGGUGUUCGCCCACCCAAGGGCGCCGUAAAGUGAACAACCAAAUUGCAUAAACGAUAUUAUAAAUGAAAAUAAUUUAGCAUUUAGAAAGAGAGAAAAGUUCAUACGAUACACAAUCAAUCAACGCGUGCACGCUCACGCGCCCUAUUUCGCUUUGUGAGUGCUACAAUUCCUUAAGCAAGAAGGGGUUGGAGCGUAGGCGCAUAGGCGCAUUUGUCGUGGACAUGAACGAGUGUGAUUUCAAUCUAGUAUUUUUACUCCCAGAAAGGAGAGGCAGGAGCAGGAAAGGAUUUUGGGCCGUCCGAGUGAGAACGCAGAACACUAGCGGGACAGACAGUAGUUGGUGUGGUUGAUACGAUGCUAUCCAGGCUGAGCCCCCGGUUUAACCCCAAACCCGUGAGGCGUAUGCAUACGAUACGUACAUAAAUUAACUAAUCCCACUUUACAUACACUCUGCUUGCUUUUCCGUUUCCCGCAUUUUCCAAUUUGAAAACAAAAUUUCCUACAGCAUUCUACCUAGUCAGCAGCAGUGAGCAAUGGGAAAACAAUCUCUCGGAAAGCUUGCAAACGAACGUAAAAGCGUGAAUUUUAAUUCAUAUAAAAGAACUAUUAACUAGAUAAUGGUAAUACAGCUGUAGUAGGCAAAUUAGUGUGAUUGAGUGUGAUUAUGCAGAAGAGAAGCGACAAGGAAACAUUGCUUGAUCAUGAGUUAGUCAGGAUAGUUUGUACGUGUGCAGCCGGUGUGCCAGCUUGGGGCCACUGACUACUACUACUAGUACUGCUAAGGCUUCUACUACUACUACGACGACUACUCGGCCUUUAUGGCUGACCGCAUGCAGAUAACGUUCAAUCUUGAUCCUUUUAAGGUAAAUACCUAAUAAAAACAACAGUGCUACAGUAGGUUGAAA